AGAUCACACAUACUGUAUAUGGUCCAUCUCUGAAGGAAUGAGUGAGUGAGUGAGUGAGUGAAUGAAUGAACAUCACCUGUGUCCUGACUUCAGUUUUGAAGCGCGCAUUGAGUAACACCAAGUGGUGCCGGCGACCUUUGCCACCAACCCCGAGGGACGCCCGAAACGUCAUGAAGCUCAUCAUUGACUGCGACGCCGGGGUCGACGACGCCAUGGCCCUCAUCAUGGCCCUGGACUACGUGAGGAAAGGGAAGGCCCAAGUCCUGGCCGUCACUUGCGUCCAGGGCAACACUGGGCUGGACAACGUGGUGGUCAACGUGCUGAGGACCAUGAACGCCAUGGAUAUCCAGGUUCCAGUUUACAGAGGUGCCAAAGAUCCUCUGAUUGGCCCCUACAUCAGACAUGGCCCUCCCUUCCAUGGUGAAGAUGGACUAGGUGAUGCACACUUUGACACUACUCCAGACCUCAGUGUGGUGUCCAGUGAACAUGCCUCACUGGCCAUUGCAAGACUUGUGAGGGACAAUCCUGAUUUAUGCAAAGAAGGUGUUCGAAACGCCUUUGCUUAUGACGGAGUGGUUAAAUUAAUUGGGGAUGUGCUGGACUUCACAUGCGCAUCCUUCAAUCAAAUCAAGGUGAUCUUGUUGAGUGGAGACGUUGCUUGUGUUGGUGCUCCCAGCACUGAUAUUGAGUUGCGAGGAGGCAGAUUUCAAGAAGGCCAGCCAGAUCUGCAUCACCGGAGCGCGUCGAAUUGGAAGGGAUUGUUGCCAGCAAAGUGGAAGAUGUGGAGAACGACAGAGGGAAUGCUGAUUCGGGCGGUAGUCUAG